UUUCAAUGUAAUCACAGGUUGGUCUGCCUAACAGAAGACAGAAAUUUAGCGAGGAAAGGUUAGGUCCAAGAAGGGGAAAAGAAAGGAAAAUCUGGUUUCCAUGGAAGGAGAAGCUGAAUCACGCGACGAAGUCAAGCCAAACGUCGCCGUUAAAGAAACUAAUGGCGAUAUUAUCGGUGACAACGGUGUUGGAAAGCUGGGAUCCGUUGAAGCCCCCGAUUUUCUUGGAAAGAAAAAUGUCCGGAACUGUUCCCUAGCAAUGCCGGGAUCUGGACUAAAUACCACAAGUCAUGCUCCAUCCCAACUCACCAUCUUCUAUGGCGGAAGUGUUUGUGUAUUUGAUGCUAUUCCUGUGGAAAAGGUGCAAGAGAUUAUGCUUAUCGCUAGUACUGCUGCUGCUGCCAACUCUGCUGACAUGAAGAAUGCAGCAACUGAUUGUGCCACUACUUCACCUGUUCUUACAAGGUCUCCUUCACUUCAAAGUACUGCAACUGCUUUGGCUUCACCACAAGCACCGGUGUACCCUCUUCAGAGGACUUCUCUUUGCAAACUGCAAGCUGAAUUACCAAUUGCAAGAAGACACUCCCUUCAGCGAUUUUUUGAGAAGCGGCGGGACAGGCUGGUGAACAGGAACCCAUAUCCUAAUCCAUCAACACCAAAAAUGGCUGAUGACACCAAAGCUAACCUCAGUGCUGCAACUUCACUGGAGUCGGGCUGCUUUGAAAAAUCACCUGUUCCACAAGAAGAUUUGCAACCAAAAGUUCCAACCCAUGUUGCCUAAGCUAAGCGUAGAGGAUUCACUUAUAUAUUUGGUAAAAACUAAAUUUAGUGUUAUUAUUCUUGUAAAAUGGUAAGUGCGCUGGGAUGAUGACAUUUGAUCUGCCUUUGGAAUUGAUUGGGAUGGCAAGUGUACAAUUCAAAACAGGUCUCAUGGUAGGUCUUGCUAUGAUUUACCAUGGGAGUGCUGCCUAAUGUAGGAUCUGUUCACUUGUUUUCCUGUUGCCUCCAGAGGCAGUUGUGAUGUCUUUUAAACCUGGCACUCGGUUAAAGUAUUGAUGUUUCUAAUCUGCCUGACAAACUGACAAACUGAACUAUCUAGGAUUUGCUAUAUAUGUAUCAGUUACCUUUGUUGUUGGCUCCCUGUUCUAUGUGAAUGUGAAGACUCAUAAAUUAUGUGUGA